GAACACUUCCUUCAAAAAUUAAAAAACAUAACAAUUCCGCAGUAAAAUUUUAAUUUUAUUUUACUCAGUUUUUUAUUAAAAUGGAAGAUACAAGAAAAAUACAAAUAGCCGAAAAUAAGUUUCUUAUGCUUAUUAUGGGUGAUGAAAAUAGGUUUUUAAAAACUACAUAUUUCCAAUAUAUACAAUAUUGUGAAAGUCUUAGUGCUUCGUUUUUUAAGGGACGUUCAACAGAAGUUCAAAAUAAUAUUUUAAAAGCAAAUUUUGGAUUAACAAAUGAAGACAUACUCAGUUGGGAGAAUAGAGCCUCUCGUUACCAAAUGACUCCUCAAAGUUUCUCAUUUUUUUUACAUGUUGCUAUGUACUCUGCUUCUCAUGGUUUUAACGCAGUAUAUGAUGGGAUACAACAGAGAUAUGCUGAAAGAAAGCAAAUAAUGAAUGUUGUGAGAAAACAUGAGGAUAAGUCUAAAAAAAGAAAGGCUAAAAAGAAUAAAAAGAAAAAACACCAAACUGUUGAUUCUGAUUCUGAUCCAUUAACAAAUGAUGAAUCAGAUGAUUAUAUGCGAAAUACUGUUGAUGAUGAUGAUCAAAUAGGUGAUGAUCAAGAUGUUAAUAUAAAUCGGUCGAUUGCGGAUGCCUCUGGAUCUCAAUCACAUGUUGAUCAACCUUUUGAUAUGGACGUCACACCAGUAGAACCAGUAUCUAAUCUGGAUGUUACAAUGCCUCAGCCGCAGCUAUUACAACAACCAGAUAAUAAUUUAUCUAAUUUGACAAAAUCUUCGAAUAAAAAAAAGAAGUCAAAUAAAAAUAUAAUUCAGCAAGUUAUUACAGGUCAUAAACCAGGUGAUGAUGGUACAUCACAAGUCAGAGACAUUUUGGUUUAUGAUAUCCCAGUAUCCUGGACGCCAGAAGAAAUUCUGCAAAAGUUAACAUUUUGGGGGAAUACUAUCUCAUUACAAAUGAAACAACAAAAGAAAUACCAAACAAUGCAUAUUCACCAUAAAAGAUCUUUUAUUUUUCCAAAAUGGUAA